AUGAACAAGGACCUGAGCGAUGCCGCCACCGGCCGUGGCACUCUGAAGGGGUUCUACUCGUAUAAGAAUACCUUUGACAAGGACAGCGUCUGGCUCGACAUCCCAAAGCAUGUCAUCUUCGUCGAUAACUCGGAUCCUUAUGCGGAAGACCUUGAAGCUGCCCUGGGAGAGUCCGAAGCCGCCAUUUUGGCCGCAAACUCUCAUGCGCGUGCUUGGAGUGCUCAGCGCACGUCGUCCGCUGACGGCGAGACCCAUGGCUUGGAGACCCUUUCCACGGUGGCAACCACCGAUCGCCUUUCUUAUCCUCCCUUGAGCAUUGAUCAACAGUCCAUCCCGUCAACAGACCACAGCAUACCUUAUAAUAAUGUCCCAUCUACAGCAUCUUCAGAUACUCCAAGCCAGAUGCGCGGCGUCAUCGCACCUCAGAUCUCUCCCUCUCUCUCGAUGUCCUCCAACAAUACCAAUAAUAAUAAUAUCAACUUUCUUCUUAAUCCUUCACAAUCACGGUCUCCGCCUGUGGAUCCCAGUCUUCAGCAUGCACCAGAGCGUAGGAGCUCAUCAUUGACCGCCAGGCCACCAGUGCCGCGAGCCACGUCGGCCGAUUCGAAGUCGGAGGCACCCGCAGAAACGGACCACGAGGUUGCAUAUCUCCUAAGACAUUUUUCAGAGGCACCAGGACUUUGGAUGGAUCUGUUCGAUUUAGGAACCUAUUUCGCAUCGUCCGUGCCGGUUAGAGCUCUCCGAAAUCCAUUGUUGAAAUACGCCGCCUGUGCGUAUGCUGCGAAGCAACUGGGUCGUGUUAAGGGAACACAGGUGACAACCGGUGGUGUCUAUUCUAGGCAUCUCUCCAACAACGUAGAUUGGUCCUGGUCUGGCGCCAAGUAUUAUGAAAAGGCCAUCCAACUCCUAAUGAAAGAAUUGCAACCUGAUAAAGGACCUCCGCCGCUGAGUACCCCAGAGGCGUUUGGGCAGUGGCAGGCUGCUGAGUUGUGCGAAGACCAAGAAAACCCUCGCAAACGCCGCCGCCGUUACUCGGACAGUCGGUUCUCGAAAGGGGUCCAUUCAGAUGAAAUUCUUGCUGCCACAGCCAUACUAUCUGUAUAUGAGUUUUUAGAUGCCACAGGUCCGGCGUGGAAUCGUCACCUGAGCGGCGUGAAGUCCUUGUUGGAUGUAGCGGAGGUAGGAAUGAUGCCAGUCGAACAGCGCCAUUCCCCCGGGGGAACAGCGUUGCAACAAACCAAGGUUCCGGGGCUCUCGAAGGCGAGAAAGGCGACCUUCUGGAACUUUGCACGACAAGACUACCUAGCUGCCUUCAUCAAUGAGAGCCAGACAAGGUUGAACACGGACGAUCUGGUUUUGUGGACUGAGGCGGGUCUCCAAAUCGACAACAUGGGCUUUGUACGCUCCAGUAAUGCGACUGCAAUAGGCUAUCCAGACGGCGAAGAACCCAUAAAGGAAGAUCUGGUUUCGAAUGGUCUCGUUUGGAUUCUCUCAAAGAUCGUUAACUUUAUCAAUGCCGGUGAUAACGUCCAGUUGAACCACCCUGGCUCGAUGGGGACGGGUCCUCUGGGCCUUUCGCAGCAGGUUUUGCUGGAGCGAUGGUACCGCCUGGAAGCUGAGCUCGAUGCCUGGUACAAUGGACUUCCUGAGACGUUCCAGCCGUGUGCCCGGGUUGACCUGUCCAAAUUACCUCAGAAUAAGGAUAACCCGAAGUUUGACGCUGGCUCGCUGUCCGAAAUAUGGUAUAGCUUACCCCUGUGCUCCUCGGCGAUGCAGCAUUAUCAUAUGGCUCGUAUCCUCCUUCUCAUAAAUAAGCCACAUGAGUCCACCAGCAGAAGGAGCACCAUCGCUGAUAGGCUUAAUUCAUAUCGCUCGAUCGAGAGUGAUAUUCGAUUUCACAGCCGGGAAAUUGUGGGGAUUGCGUUGGCUUGUCCAACUGGCGCGGUCCGCAUCAAUUCCCUCCAGCCGCUGUUUGUUAGUGGUCAGUGCCUGACGGAACCCGGAGAACGGCGGACAGUCCUUGCUUUGCUUCAUGGAAUCGAAGCGGAACUCGGCUGGGCAACCGAGUAUCGUGUAAACCAGUUGCUCAGAGAAUGGGGCUGGAACGAGGAUGCUGCGAAUGCGAGCGUCCCGUGA